AUGUCAAAAUCUACAACACUAACACUUAAUGUUUUGAAAGAAAAUUUUAUUAUUUGUCGUCUUCCAUCUUCAUCAUCAGUGCCAUCAUGGGCAUUCAAUGGUCCAUUUUGUUCAAUAACAAAAACAAAUGAUGAGCUAUCAAUAAUUACAAUUGAUAAUGAUCAAUUACCAAAAGAUAUUCAAUGUGAACGAAAUUGGAAAUGUUUCAAAUUUCUAGGUCCAUUUUCAUUUGAUAUGACAGGUGUCUUAACAUCGAUACUUAAUCCAUUAGCUAAAGCAGAUAUUGGUAUAUUAGCAAUAUCAACAUUUGAUACAGAUUAUGUCAUGGUUAAAGAUAAACAUUUAGAUAUGGCUAUUGAUGUAUUAAAACAAAAUGGACAUAAAGUUAAUAUGUAA